UUUCAUUUAACAUUAUGCUUAUGACAUUCAUAGAUUACAUGUAACAGAAGCCUUAAAAGGGCUUGACUCAAAAAUGAAACAAAAACUUAAACCUUAGUAACAGCUUUUGAAUCCUGGAUUUAGUUGAGAUUUGUGUUACCAGAAUCAGCUGUGUAGUUGAAGAGAAACUUGUGCACUUAUCCCUAACUACAUUCUUAUUUCAACUGAGGAUUCCUUUUCUGCUUUCUCUUCAUUGCAUGGAAAGACUUCCAGAUAUAUCAACCAUGAGUGAAAAUAAAUGAACCCUUUUUGUUGCCAAAAGUGAAGAGUCUUUCUUAUAUUUUCUUAGAACACACCCAAGAAAUACCUACUCAAUGAGUAACAGGAUAAUAAGCUUUUUGGGGAAAGAAGAUGAUUCCAUGGAAGUAGAAUUAUUGUUUUAGAUCAAGCAUAAUGGAAGGAAUGGCAGUUUCAUGUAUUUUUUAAUGCAUCUGAAUGGGCAGUGGGGUUGUAGGUUUGUAAUACUGUCUUUAUUCAUGAAAUGAAUGGAUCAGACUAAUUAAUCUCUAAGAUCCUUGAAGUUCUAUGAAUUGUAUCUAUUAUUAGUGGUUUUGUUGAUUUGUCUUUAUUAUCUUUCCCUACUGCUUCAUUUCAACGGAAAUGUCCACGAACAAAACAAAACAAAAGCUUUCUAGCUCCAUGACUUUGAAGGUUUGAAGGUUUCAGGUAUGUUGGGGGCAUCAAAUAACAUUUUACUUGAAAAAAGAACACAUGAAUUUGCUUUGCAAAUGUUAAGUAAGGAUUGUUGUUACUAUCAAAUCAUAUUAGUGACUUAAUUUACUUCAAAGGUACUAUUAUUAACACUUUUGUUUUACUAUAUGUGAAUCCUGUAACUCUAAUUAUAUACUUACCUAAUUGCUUUGAUUAGCAUGUGGAAGUUCUAUAGUUCCUGUAUAUUGAAAUAUAGGAACCCUUCUAAAAAAUCUCUGUAUUGGCUUUCUGGAUUAUUACUGUUUCACUCUUGUAUGAGCUACCGAGUAAUGACAACAGCUUCUCAACAUGCUUUAUCUUCUUUCCCUUCCUUUUUAAAAAUUAUUUUACUUUAUUUUAUUUUUUUAGUAAAUUCAUGUGCUUUAAAAUAUAAAAGGAUAUAAAGUGAAAAGUCUCUCCUACCUCUGUCUCCCAGCCCAUUCCCUUUCUAUAGGCAACCAAUGUUGCUAAUUACUUAUAUAGACUUCCACAAAAGUUUUGUGCAAAUAGUUGUAUAAAUUUAAUUGUAUUUACCCUUUUUUGGUACAAAUGCUAACAUUCUAUCCAUCCUGUUCUGUUCUUUUUUUAAGCACAUAAUGAGCUUCUUUGUCAGAAAAAAAUGGGAAUAUGAGUACCUACUUCACAGAGUUCUUGUGGAAAUUAAACAUACGCAAAACACUUAGAAAAUGCCAGGCAUGUUGUAACCUCUGUAUUAGUUUUCUAUUGCUGCAAAACAAAUCACCACGAAGUUAGUGGCUUAAAACAAUAUCCUGUAUUAUCUCACAAUUUCUAUAGGUCAGAGUAUGGGUAUGGCUUAGCUGGUUUCUGUCCCUGGGUCUCAUAAGGCUGAAAUCAUGGUGUCAGCUGGGCUGCCUUCUCACCUGGACACUCAGUAAGAAAGAAUUUUCUCCUAAGUGCUUUCAAGUAUUGGCAGCUGUAGAAUUCAUGGCAGCUUGCUUCUUCAAAGCCGAUGGCGGAGAGAGCUUUUGCUGAGUGGAGUCUUUGGCCUCAGGGAAUGCAAAGGUCCUCUAUUUUUUAAAAUUGAGAUAUAAUUCACAUAUCAUAAAACCCAUCCUUUUAAAAUGUACAAUUCAGUGGCUUUUAGUAUGUUCACAAAGUUGUGCAACUAACAUCUAAUUCCAGAAUAUUUUCAUCACCACAAAAAAUAAUCCUAUACUCAUUAGCAGUCUGUCCUCAUUCCUUCCUUUCUCCAGUCCCUGUUAACCACCAAUCUUCUGUUUCCAUGAAUUUGCCUAUUCUGAAAUUUCAUAGGAAUGGAAUCAUACAAUAUAUGGCUUUUUGGGUCUGGCUUCUUUCACUUAAUGUUUUUCAAUGUGCAUCCAUGUGGUAGCAUGUGUCAGAACUUCAUUCCUUUUUAUGGCUGCAUAGUAUUCCAUUGUAUGGAUCUUCCCUAUUAUUUUUAGGUUGUUUCCAAUCCUUUGCUAUUACAAACAACACUGGAUAUCCUUGAAUAAACAUUUCGAAUGUGAAUGAGUAUGUAUAUUUGUAUUAUAAAUUUCUAAAAGUAAAAUUGUGAGGUCAAAGGUUUAUGCAUCAGUAAUACUGAUAGUUAUUGCUGAGUUGUACCAUUUAUAUCCUGUCUUUUAACAUACUAUUUGAGGAAGGGAGGUGAAAUGGCAUAGUGGAAAAUGCACUGAGUUCUGAACUUUGUUUUGCCAAUCACAAGAGAGGUCAGCAUAUAUUGGUUAUUAAGAGCAUGGGCUUUGGAGACAGACUGCCUGGAUUAGAAUCUUGGUUCUGCUGCUUACAAUCUAAAUGACCUUAAGAAAGUUAAAUAAGCAGUUUGCCUCAGUUUCCUUAUCUGUAAAACAGGGAUAACAUUAGUACUUUGUGUGGGGAUUGACACAAUACAUGUAACUCUCUUAUACCCGUGGCUGACACAUAGAAAGCAAUUAAUGAAUGUUAACUCUAGUUAUUAGUUUGCUAUGUGAUCUGGGGCCACUGUCCUUUUCUAUUUUUAAAAUGAGGAGUUGAGCUAGAUUUUUGUUUCCAAAUUUAAAAAGGUCACUGUGGUCCCUGGACAUUUAAUUAUAUACUGUAUCAUAUUGUUCUCUACUGUUCCUUGUGUUGUUAUGGAAUGUAGGGGACAACAUAAGUUUUAUACUUUUAACCUUUGGUAGCCAAUGCUCCAGAACCAUGUACAUCUUUGGUAGCUCUUCCUCUUGUACCUCCCCGACCCCCCAUUUAACUGGAUAUCUAUAUGCACACAUAUAAAAACACAUAUCCACUGUAUCUCACUGUGCUUGCUUUCCUGAGAUAGGUGGGACUGAGCAAAUUUAUGCCCCCUCUAUCUACUAAAAAGAAUAAUUGUUUUACACUCACUUUCCUUCCACUUACUCAGUUGAUUCAAAUAGGUUGGGCAAGCCAUGAAUAGCUUUUCCAUAAACAGGGAUAAUGUUUAUCACAAGACAUAGGAAUCCAACUUUCCUAUGGCCCUUGGGGAUAUUAAGUAGCAGUCACAUGGCAAGGCCUAGAAUUUUAUUAUAGGUUUGGUCAGUCAACUCCUUGGUAGAGAGCUGGAGUUUUAGAAUAGAUACUUGGGUCCCAAUCCUUAUCCUGCUGCUGGGAGACUGAACUAGAUGUCAAUCCUCAUUUCUUCAUCCAUAAUGCAAAAAGGUGCCAGGCUGCUGCGAGGAUUAGGUCUUAGAUAAGUAGUUAAGUGCAAGUACUUUCUGGUGGAGUUAAAAAGACCUGACUUCAAAUUCUGAUUUUGUUAAUUUAUUCAAUGUCUUUAAACACUUAUUUUAAAUUGUGCAUAAUACAGGCAUACCUCAGAGAUACUGCAGGUUCAGUUCCAGACCACCACAAUAAGCCAGUUGUAAUCUUUUUGCUGGUAGAAGAUCUGGUCUUCAAUUUGUUAGAAACCACAUAUGUGAAGCUCAAUCAAGUGAAGCAAAAUAAAACAAGGUAUGCCUGUGGUAUCUCCCUGAUGUUUGUUGUUGUGUUAAAUGGAGAUAACACGUGUAAAGUGCUUUCUCCACAGUGCCUGGCAUAGAAAGCACCCAGUAAAUACUGUCUGCUCAUAACAGCCCAUAAUACUAGUUUCAACCUAGUCAGCGUACACUAUUCAAAAAGCCUCCCACUUGAUUAUUCUAAGGAACCACUUGCUGUAUAUUUUUAAUGUUGCUGCAAACGUUUAUAUUUUUCUUUAAUAUACGCUCACUAUAAAAAACCUGAAGACACCAAAGGAAAAAAAAUAAAAAGCUACAGCCUCCCUUCCCUCCCCUCAAGCUCAUCAGAACCAAAUCCUGUUAACAUUAGGCUGUGAAGUCAUAUCACAGGACCCCAGGUAUUUAUUGCUUGCUGGAGUACCACAGGUUCUAACUUUAAAAGAGGGGGUCAAGUGGGAGUAAUAUAUUGUAAAGAUGCAAGAUCCAGUGAGAAUGGCACAUUGCUGAAGUCAGCUGGAGGCUUUCAGGCUUUUAUGGCUGCAGCCCAUUCUCUUAUCUCCUCUGCAGGCUUUUAUAUGCAUGCAUGUAUUUCACAAGGCCGGGAUCGUCCAGCGCCCACACUGUUUGAGUCCUGCUUUGGCCGGAGUUACUCGUGCGCAGAGAAGAUAAUUUUGCCCUGAAACAGGCGACGCCUGCUCUGUGGGGACCUAGUGGGGUGUGCCUCCCUCUCCUGCAGCGCUGAUCAGGCUCGGUCCCGCAACUCGAAGCUCGCCUUGAGGCCCAUUCACCACGCAGCCGGCCAAGGCGUCGAAGUACUCGCGGGGUGUUGCGGUUGCCCCUUUUGGCGGGCUCCGGUGCCCCGAGGCUCCGCCUACCGGCGCGGUCUUAUCCGCACCCGCAGAGGCGGGAUUCGCACCCCCAUUGGCGGAGCGGCCCGUGGUGGCCCCGCCCCCGGCUCAGACGCGAGCACGUUGAGUGGCGGGGGCCGGCCGAAGAACUGUCCGAGCGAGGAGCGGCUCCUGGGGCUGGGCCGCACGAUUGGGGCGCCCGCUUUGGGGCCCCGGAGAGGCUCCUGGGUUGGGAGUGCGACCCGCGGCCACGGGGGGAAGGGGGUAGGUGGGCUGAGAACAGCUUGGCGGCGAAGCCGGCCCGCCGCCCCUUCCCCCCACCCUCGUCGACCUUGUGGGCAGAAGCUUCCCGGAGUUCCUCUCGCCGGCGUGAUGGCGACUGCCGUGGAGAUGGAAGCCUCUUCGCCGACGGACGCGAGCUGGGAAGGUGGCGGCGGCGGAGAUGAGAUGAAGCAGGCGCUUCCGGAGUUUGAGUCUUCCCCACAAAAUGGCGGCUGCUGCGGCGGCGGCCUCAGCAUCGCUGAGCCCGGCGGUGGCGCCGGGCCUGAAGAGACCGCGGAGGCCGAGGCCACCCCGAGCCUCUGCCAAAAGCAGCAUCAGGACUCCUCUGAGGCGGGCGCGGCCGCUCUGCCCAAAGGCCCCGGAGAGCCCGAAAGACCUAUUAGGAGGAGUUUUCAGAUCCCCAGGAAGAGCAGAGAAAAGAAAGCACUUUUUCAGCCAUUAACUUCAGGAUCUCGUGAAUUUGAAGAUGUUUUGAAUAUUCUCCAUUCAUCUUACCUUGAACCAACCUCAGUAACAAAUUUUAACUACAAACGUGCUUGCUUGGUACAUAAUGAGCUUUUGGAAAAGGAGUUUACAGAAAAGCGAAGAGAACUGAAGUUUGAUGGCCGUUUAGAUAAAGAACUUGCAGAAUCCUAUGCAUUUCUGAUGGUUGAUCGAUAUCAGGUUCAAAGCAUAUGUGAAAAAGGAUUACAGGUGGGCCAGUCCAAAAUAACAAUUCUUGGCAGUCCUUCCAUGGGUAUCUAUCUUUCUAGGUAUGCUGAUCUAUUACAAGCUAAUCCUUUGGAAGCUGGGUCAAUGGGUGAUGUUGUUAUUUUUAAAAUAAUGAAGGGUAGAAUAAAGAGUAUAUAUGACCCCAUGGGUGUAAAAAAUUUGGAAUCUAGUAAAAGUGCUUUGGACCCAACACCAAAGCACGAAUGUCAUGUGUCGAAGAAUGCCAAUAGAGUUACAUCACUUUUGGCUUACAGAGCCUAUGAGCUUACUCAGUAUUAUUUUUAUGAGUAUGGCUUUGAUGAACUAAGGCGAAGACCAAGACACGUGUGUCCAUAUGCAGUUGUGUCUUUUACUUACAAAGACGAUAAACAACCUCUGAAGUUUGCACCUUCAUCAAGAUCUAACAGCUUUAAUGCAGAUAGAAACACAGAUAAAUUUAACUACACCUUGUGGAAAGGACAGCUUUUAAAUAAAGGAAAGCUUUUGUGCUAUAUUUCUCUGAGGUCAGCCAAUCGUGCUUUUUUGCCUAUCAGACUUCCUGAGAAGUUAGAUGUUGAAACAGUUAUGAGUAUUGAUCAUCUGAAACAGAAAAUCCCUCCAGCACUGUUUUACAAGGAUGCAUACUUAGGUCCAAAUGAAGUUUUGAAGAAUGGAAUGUAUUGCAGCCUGUAUGAAGUUGUAGAAAAGCCAAGAAUUGGAAGUAACAUGGAGAGUUUACUGCAAAAACUGGAGAAAGAAAAGCUUGUUCUUGUUAAACCUUUGGGAGACCGAGGAUACCUUUUUCUUCUCUCUCCUUAUCAAAUGGUUUCUCCAUAUGAACAUCAAACUGUCAAGUCUCGAGUCCUACAUGCUUUGUUUCUAUUUCCAGAACCUAGAAGCAUAGUUUCUUCACAAAAAUGUUCAACCAAUGCAGCACCACAGGAGAGACAUGAGAACAUGCCAGAUAUAUUAAAAAUAACUCAGUUUUUACAAUUUGCUUUGAUUCAGUGUCGAAAGGAAUUCAAAAGUAUAAAUACUAUAAAUUUUCAUUCUGUUGUUGAAAAGUAUGUAAAUGAAUUUUUUAAGCGAGGUUUUGGUUCAGGUAAACGAGAGUUUAUUAUGUUUCCAUACGCUUCCCGAUUAGAUGAUAAAAAAUUCUUAUACCCAGCUCCCAAAAAUAAGUCCCAUAUCGAUGAUUGUUUGCAUACCUAUAUUUUUCGGCCUGAAAUGUAUCAGUUACCUAUCUGUAAAUUAAAAGAGCUGUUCGAAGACAAUAGAAAACUUCAUCAUUUCAGUCAGCUUUCAGAUUAUGAAGGCCAAGAAGAAAUGAAUGGUACAAAAAGGAAAUUUGGAAAACGAAAUAACUCAAGGUGUGAGACUAUUAAACCUGGAAAACAGAAGUCAUCUCACUCUUUGGAUUAUGAUAAAGAUAGACUCAAAGAAUUGAUUGAUUUAAUUCAGUGUAGGAAAAAAAAUGUGGGUGGGGACUCAGAUACAGAAGAUAUGAGAAGCAAAACUGUCUUGAAGAGGAAGCUUGAUGAUCUACCUGAAAAUAUGAGAAAGCUCGCCAAAACCACUAAUUUAUCUGAAAAUUUCCAUCUGUAUGAAGAGUCUCCACAGCCCGUUGGCUCACUUGGGCAUGACGCUGACUUGAGGCAGCAGCAGCAGGAUUCCUCUAACUCUGGUGUUGCUGACAUCCAUAGGCUGUUCAAUUGGCUGUCAGAAACACUGGCAAACGCACGCCAUUCUGAUGCGUCCCUGACAGACACAGUCAACAAAGCCUUAGGGUUGAGCACUGAUGAUGCCUAUGAGGAGCUGAGGCAAAAGCACGAAUAUGAGUUGAAUUCUAACCUGGAUAAGAAAGACUAUGAGCAGCCUACUUGUGCAAAAAUUGAAAAUGUGCAUUGUAAGGGUACUCAGAGCCCAUUGCUAGAAGUUGAUACAUCAUCAUUAAAGUAUCCUGUUGCUGUUUCUACCAGUGAAGUAGGCACUGACCAUAAACUACAUUUGAAAGAAGAUCCAAAUUUAAUUAGCAUGAAUAAUUUUGAAGAUUGCAGUUUGUGUCCCACUGUUCCCGUUGAACAUGGAUUUCGUAGACAAUCCAAGUCAAAUGAUGUUGAAGAGACUGAAAUACAUUGGAAACUGAUUCCAAUUACAGACACACUAAAGGGCACCACUGAGGAUGACGUGUUGACAGGUCAGGUGAUGACAGUGGAAGAGCAGUGUGUGCCAGCAGCAGAGCCGCCUGCAGUGAGCGAAACCACAGAGAGGACAGUGUUAGGAGAAUACAGUCUUUUUUCUAGGAAGAUAGAAGAGAUUUUGAAGCAAAAGAAUGUUUCAUAUGUCAGUAGAAUUUCCACACCUAUCUUUUCAACACAAGAGAAGAUGAAACGGCUUUCUGAGUUCAUAUAUUCCAAGACUUCCAAAGCUGGCGUACAGGAGUUUGUAGAUGGCUUGCAUGAGAAACUAAAUACAAUUAUUAUCAAAGCAUCAGCCAAGGGUGGGAGUUUGCCACCAGUCAGUCCUAAUGAUUCUGGUACUAAGAUAGCAUUGAAUCCUCUGAGAAGACAUGUCAUACCAGUUGCCUCAAGUGACUUCAACAGUAAACACCUUGAACCACUUUGUAGUGAUACUUUGAAAGACACCAACUCUAAUGAGCAGCAUUCCUCUUCAACUUUGGCUUUAACUGAAGUAGAAGUGAGCCAGCCACACCAUGCCACAGAGCUAAUGGUGACUUCUGAUCAUACUGUACCUGGUGAUACUGCUCAGGAACCAGUAGAAAAAGAAACAACAAAAUCACCCAGUGAUGUGACCAUUUCUGCCCAACCAGCUCUUUCAAAUUUUAUAAGCAAGUUAGAACCUGAAGUAUUUAACAGUUUGGUUAAAAUCAUGAAAGAUGUCCAGAAAAAUACUGUGAAAUUUUAUAUUCAUGAAGAAGAAGAGAGUGUGCUCUGUAAAGAAAUAAAGGAAUAUCUUAUCAAAUUAGGCAACACAGAAUGUCAUCCAGAACAGUUUUUGGAAAGAAGAUCAAAAUUAGAUAAACUAUUAAUUAUUAUUCAAAAUGAAGACAUUGCAGGUUUCAUUCACAAGGUACCUGGCUUGGUGACUUUAAAGAAGCUGCCUUGCGUUAGUUUUGCUGGUGUUGAUAGUCUGGAUGAUGUUAAAAAUCAUACAUACAAUGAAUUAUUUGUAUCUGGAGGUUUUAUCGUGUCUGAUGAAUCUAUUCUAAAUCCAGAAGUUGUCACAAUUGAGAACCUUAAAAAUUUUUUGACAUUCCUCGAAGAACUUAGUACUCCGGAAGGAAAAUGGCAAUGGAAAGUCCACUGUAAAUUUCAGAAAAAGCUAAAGGAACUGGGCAGAUUGAAUGCUAAAGCUCUAAGUCUGUUGACGCUUCUGAAUGUCUAUCAGAAGAAACAUCUCGUUGAAAUUUUGUCAUACCACAAUUGUGAUUCACAAACUCGAAAUGCUCCAGAAUUGGAUUGCCUUAUCAGACUUCAGGCUCAGAACAUACAGCAACGACACAUAGUCUUUUUAACAGAAAAGAAUAUCAAGAUGAUUUCCAGUUACACAGAUAAUGGAAUAGUUGUUGCAACUGCUGAAGACUUUAUGCAAAACUUUAAAAAUCUUGUGGGUUAUCACAACUCAAUCACAGAAGAGAACCUUCCACUGCUUGGUGCUAAUGAGAAUCUUGAGUCACAGUCAGAUGCUGUUUUGACAUUAACCCCUUUGGAGCUGGGAGUUGGGAUUUCCCAACAUUAAACGUGAACACAUUUCGCAGAAGCUUUUAGCAUCGGAUUAUCUGGACAUUCACACCUAGUGUGAGUGUUGUGACUAAGUGAACUUGUGGCAGAAGACCAAGCUUUAAGGGAUUGUGGACUUGCAGACCCUGACGCGUUAUAUUGUGUGAGUAGUGUAUAAUUUUAAAACUUAAACAAAUUGUGUAUUUCAAUAGAGGAGGACUUUUUGUUUUUUAAAUGUAGCUCUUUUAGAAAACGAUGAAAAGGAUGAAGAGGAUAUGUCUCUGGAUUCAGGGGAUGAAAUCUCACAAAUAGAAGUAUACAGCAAUUUUCAUUCAGAAAUAUUGGCGAAAGAGACCAAAGGAUCACGUGGAACAGAUCAAAAAGAGAAUAUUCAAAUUGAGUUGCAGUCGUCUCUUGACAUGCAAAAAAGUUUAUUAGAAGAUAAGACUUCUCAAAUUGAUUCUGAAGAGAGAGCUUCUAUUGAUGUGUGCUCUGAAGGACAGAACAGCAAUUCAGCUGAACAAGAUUCAUAUAGCAGCUUUCAGGAUUACCACAGUCGAUUAAAUAUGUCCCAUCAGUUUAGUCAUUUUAAUGUUCUCACGCAUCAGACAUUCUUGAGGACACCAUAUGCCCUUUCAUCAAAUCAGUCUCAAGAAAGUGAAAAUUACUUUUUAUCUGCCUAUAUGCAAAGCUUGGAUAGAGAUAAAUCUCUAUUAAGUUGGGGGAAAAGUGAUUCUUCCAGGCCAUAUUCAAAAGAGAAAUAAUUACAGUAACUUUUUUUAAAAAUAGGAAUUUUUGUUUCUUACAAGUGAAUUAACAAUUUAUAUUUCAUUCUCAAAAAGGUUUUUUGUCCUUUCUCAAAUAUUUUUUUCCCUCUUAUUUAAAUCAUGAUGGCCUGUAACAGUUGAAGCAUAUGAAAAUUGAAAUAAAUAUAUAUAUUUUUAACAUAUAUUGUACUUGAAUUAUCUCAUGUUGGCACUUUUAAGUUUUACAUUUGUAUGUCACCUGUACUCGGCUUCAAAUUGAAGUCUGUUUUAUAUAUAAAAUUAGAUGUUUGCAAAAGGUUAGUGAACAGCAGCAGUGGCUUUACUUUUUUCUUCCCCUAAUGUCAGAUGAUACCAACGACUUUUGCUAAAAUGACUAUUGUUAUUUAUUUUAAGCUUUUGUAUAGUGUUUUUACACAGGUAUAAGCCAGUGAUGUUAAAUAUUUACAGGAUUUUGGCUCAAUACCUCAGGAUUUGUCUAACAAUGCAUUUUCAUUUAGAUAACAAACUAUGUACAUAGGACUUCGGCCUUCAUACCAGGUAGCAUUAUUUUUUAUCUUUAGGGUUAGCCAUGUAAAAAUUGCCUGUUGCUAAUAUUUUAGUCAACCUUUUAUUUGAGAGUACUUGAUAAUUAUGAUUUUCAGUGCUUGUGUAGUCCUUGACGUACCCAAAUUCAAUUUCGUAUUUCAAAAGAUAGGUUUAUUAAAGGCAUUGGACAAUUUGGAACAAACUCUUUGCUAUAGAUUUUUAAAUUGGUAGACUUAGAAAAAGGAAGUAUAUUUUUGAGGUGCUAAGCACUUAAAAAUAACGUAAAUUUACAGAUAAAGUAUCUGGUGAAGAUAAAUUUUAAACCCUCAUCUAUUGCCAAUAACUGCCUCUCUGUUACUAAUGCAAACUAGUAAAUGUGUUUGAAAAAACUACAGUUCCUACAAUAAAAGUCAAAACUGGA